AUGGCUAUCUGGGAGCAACUAGAAGUCUCCAAGGCCCACGUCGCUUAUGCUUGUGUUGGUGUCUUUUCAUCGAUCUUUUCCUUGUUCUCCCUUUAUGUCAAGGAGAAGCUUUAUAUUGGUGAGUCCACCGUAGCAGGUAUAUUUGGGCUAAUCGUGGGUCCGGUUUGCUUGAACUGGUUUAAUCCUUUGAACUGGGGGAAUUCAGACAGUAUAACAUUAGAAAUAACAAGAAUAGUAUUAUGUUUGCAAAUUUUCGCCGUUGCCGUGGAACUGCCACGGAAGUAUAUGCUGAAACAUUGGGUAUCUGUGACAAUGCUAUUAUUGCCAGUGAUGACAGCUGGAUGGCUUAUAAUUGGUCUCUUUGUUUGGAUUCUUAUACCUGGUUUAAACUUCUCAGCUAGUCUGUUAAUCUCUGCAUGUAUUACCGCAACAGAUCCUAUUUUGGCGCAGUCGGUCGUUUCCGGUAAGUUUGCACAAAGAGUCCCUGGUCACUUAAGAAAUCUACUAUCUGCGGAGUCAGGCUGUAAUGAUGGUAUGGCCUUUCCUUUUUUAUUUCUUUCUAUGAAUUUAAUCCUGCAUCCCGGUAAUGGAAGAGAAAUUGUUAAAGAUUGGAUUUGCGUUACUAUCCUAUACGAGUGUCUGUUCGGAUGCUUACUAGGUUGUUUCAUUGGUUAUAUCGGCAGAAUCACCAUCAGGUUUGCCGAAAAGAAAAACAUCAUCGAUCGUGAGUCGUUCUUAGCGUUUUACGUUGUCCUGGCAUUCAUGUGUGCUGGGUUCGGCUCCAUUUUGGGUGUGGAUGACCUAUUGGUGUCAUUUGCAGCCGGUGCAACUUUCGCAUGGGAUGGGUGGUUUUCUCAAAAGACACAAGAGAGUAAUGUUUCCACCGUGAUUGAUCUGCUGCUAAACUAUGCGUAUUUUAUCUAUUUUGGUGCCAUUAUACCGUGGAGUCAAUUCAACAACGGUGAAAUUGGUACGAACGUCUGGCGUUUAAUUAUACUUUCGAUAGUGGUCAUCUUUUUACGUAGGAUUCCUGCGGUCAUGAUAUUGAGACCACUUAUACCUGAUAUAAAAUCGUGGCGUGAGGCACUUUUCGUGGGUCAUUUUGGUCCUAUUGGUGUUGGCGCCAUUUUUGCCGCUAUAUUAGCUCGUGGAGAAUUAGAAUCUACCUUUAGUGAGGAACCCACUCCUUUAAAUGUUGUACCGUCAAAAGAAGUAACUAAACACUGGCAGCUAAUAGCGUGUAUAUGGCCGAUAACUUGUUUCUUCAUUGUUACUUCUAUUAUAGUUCAUGGUUCUUCAGUUGCGAUCAUAACCCUUGGCCGUCAUUUGAACACGAUAACGUUAACCAAGACAUUCACUACACACACCACCAAUGGCGAUAAUGGGAAAACUUCUUGGAUGCAAAGAUUGCCAUCAUUGGAUAAAGCUGGACGAUCAUUUUCGUUGCAUCGUAUGGAUACUCAAAUGACUCUAUCAGGGGACGAAGGUGAAGAGGAAGGAGGAGGAGGUCGUAAAGGACUGGCAGGAGGUGAAGAUGAAGAAGGAUUAAACAAUGAUCAAAUUGGUAGCGUCGCAACGAGCGGAAUUCCUGCAAGACCCGCUGGUGGUAUGCCAAGAAGGAGAAAAUUAACAAGGAAGGAGAAAAGAUUAAACAGAAGACAGAAACUAAGGAACAAGGGUAGAGAGAUAUUUUCAUCGAGAUCUAAAAACGAAAUGUAUGAUGACGAUGAGUUGAACGAUCUGGGUCGAGAAAGGCUGCAAAAGGAAAAAGAAGCGCGCGCCGCCACAUUUGCAUUGAGCACAGCUGUCAAUACACAACAUAAUGAAGAGAUUGGAAUGGGUGGAGAUGAUGAAGAAGAUGAAUACACACCAGAGAAGGAAUAUAGCGACAACUACAAUAACACACCAAGCUUUGAAUCAUCUGCAAGGUCUUCAUCUCUCCGAGAGGGAACUUAUAUACCAAAAAAUCGUUAUGAUGAAGAAGAGACAGAAAGUGAAAUUGAAAGCGAAGAUGAGACAGAAGAUGAAAGUGAAAGGUCAAUGGCCAGCAGCGAAGAAAGAAGAAUUCGGAAAAUGAAAGAGGAGGAAAUGAAACCUGGUACUGCUUAUUUAGAUGGUAAUAGAAUGAUCAUCGAGAAUAAGCAAGGUGAAAUCUUGAACCAAGUAGAUAUAGAGGAUCGUAAUGGGGGAAAAGAUGAGAAUGCCAGUGUUGAUAGUACGACCCAUUCAAGUUUAACCACCACAAUGACUAAUGCCUCCAGUAGUAGUGGGGGAAGGUUAAAGAGAAUUUUAACCCCUACAUCUUUAGGAAAGAUACAUUCAUUAGUGGACAAAGGGAAAGAUAAAAAUAAAAACAACAAGUAUCAUGCAUUUAAGAUAGACAACUUGUUAAUCAUCGAAAAUGAGGAUGGUGAUGUUAUAAAAAGAUACAAGAUAAAUCCACAUAAACCUGAUGAUGAUAAAAGUAAGAACCGUCCAAGGAACGAUAGUGUCGUGUCAAGGGCCUUAACAGCCGUCGGAUUAAAGAGCAAGGCGAACAGCGGCAUACCACCUCCGCUAGAUGAAGAAAAAGCUAUCGAGGGACCUUCCAAGAAGGGUCCUGGGAUGUUAAAGAAAAGGACGUUAACACCUGCACCACCGAGAGGAGUUCAAGGCUCGUUAGAUCUUGAAGAUGAUCCAUCGUCUGAGGAGGAUUUGGGCGAUAGUUAUAACAUGGACGAUAGUGAAGAUUACGACGAUAAUGCUUACGAAUCAGAAACUGAAUUCGAAAGGCAAAGGAGGUUAAAUGCGUUAGGUGAGAUGACGGCACCGGCGGAUCAAGAUGACGAAGAGUUGCCACCUUUACCUGUGGAGGCACAAGUGGGAAAUGAUGGUCCAGGUACCGCGGAGGGAAAAAAGAAACAAAAGAGUGCUGCUGUUAAAUCGGCUCUAUCAAAAACGCUUGGUCUCAAUAAGUAA